AGGAGGGCGAGCCGCGGCACGGGGCGUCCGCGCGCCGCGCGCGAGUCUGGGCACCCGCGCGUCCGAUGGCUUCUCCCCUCGCAUGUGCCAUUGGCGGGGCGGCGGCGGUGGCGGCCGCGGCCGCGGCGUGUGGGGCGUGCCGGCUGCGGCGGCGGCACUGGUCACGGCGUCGCGCGGGGCCGACCCGGGUAUUCUACGUGAUGCGGCAUGGUAGGAAGGACGACGACAACGUGCCCGACCGCGACAACUUCAAGAUACAGCUGACAGAGGAGGGCCGCGAGGGCAUGGCCGCGGUGCAGCGCUGCCUGCGCGCGCGGGGCGCCCGCUUCGACGCGGUGCUCUGCUCGCCGUUCCUGAGGUGCCGGCAGACCGCGGCCAUCGUCUCCCCGGAGGUGGCGCCCGAGCUCGAGCCGGGCCUGUCGGAGGUGCUGAGCGACGCCCACGGGCUGCGCGACGGCAGCGGCGGCUCGGGCGGCAUCGCCCUUCUGGCCGGGCGCGUACGGGAUCUGAUGCGGACCCACGGCAGGGGUGAGCCCUUGGUCGCCGCUGGGGAGCUGGAGCGAGACGAGGACGUCGGAGCGCUCAUGCAGUGCAUGCGGCGCUGCGCCGUCUUGGUGGAGCGGCUGGAGCGAAAGUACAAGGCCGGACAUGUGCUCCUCGUGACGCACGGGGGCACGGCUUUCGGUAUCAUCCAGGCGCUGACGAGGACCCUGGAGAGGUGGUGCCCUUCAACAAGGCCGAGUGCCCAGAGAUGGGCAGCGUGACGCAGGUGGAAGAGGUCGACGGCAGGUGGCGGGUCGCCGGCAGCACGUUCCCGGCCGCCGCUGCGGGCGGCGGUUGGGAGUGCCGCUGGGAGUGCCGCGCGUCCGGCGGGACGCGGCCAAGCUCUGACAGCGAGUGGCGUCGACGACCGCCCGCAGCCCGCCUGCGUGCGGGCCCGGCGCUGGUCGGCCCAAACAGCGCUGGGCGGGCAUCUUCUUCGACGG